CUCGCGCGAAUCUGGGUCAGGCACGAGUCUUCUACAUCCACCCGCAAGAUAACGGCUAUUCAUAACCAAAGCAGUUCGGCACCAUCAUGUCUGCGCCGCCAGUCGACUACUACGCGGCGCUAGAAGUCGACUCCAAAGCCACACAACAACAAAUCCGAGAUGCCUACAAAAGACAAGCCCUCCGCCACCACCCCGACCGUGUACCCGCCACGUCCCCCGAUCGCCAAUCGCGCACAAAAAAGUUCCAACAAAUCAACGACGCCUACUACACCCUCUCAGACUCCAACCGACGAAAAGACUACGACCUAACCCGCAACCAAUUCCACGGCUUCCCAUCCAGCAGUUCAGCACCCGACCCAGCCGAAGAGGAAAUCCCACGCCCGCAACCCGGCUCCUUCCCAUGGUCGGCCUUCGGUUUCGGCGGCAGCGCAAAGACCGAAGAUGACGCAAACCGAUACUCAAACGAACAAUUCGGGUCGGUAUUCGAAGAGAUGAUGAGAGACGAAGGAAUGGCGGAUUCGAAUAAUUCGCCCACAAAGGUUUUCUGGUCGAUUGUGGGUGGGGUGAGUGGUGGGGCUAUGGGGUUCAUUGUCGCGAAUGUGCCUGGAGCGCUUGCUGGUGCUGUGGCGGGGAAUAGGCUGGGAGCGAUCAGGGAUAAGAGGGGAAAGAGUGUUUACAGUGUUUUUCAGGAGUUGGAUCAGCCGGAGAAAAUGAGGUUGUUGAGUGAGUUGGCGCAGAAGGUUUUUGCGCAUGCUAUUAGUUAGUAGCGAGGCGUGGGGAAGAGCUUGGGAGAUGGGAAGGGAAUCGGAAUGAUUGACGGAUUUGCUUGUGUUUUGUGAGAGCUAGAUACCACGACAGUACCCUGAUACGGAGUAGGCGCAGAAGCCUGGAUGCGAACGUAUUUGACUUGCGCUUCAUCUGUGCUGCCCUGGAGAACGACUCCGAAAUCUCGCCCAAGUCUAUAUCGGAAGGUCCAUCUCAGCGACAUGGAAUCUUCUACAUGUAUCUUUCCACCUGCUCGCAUGUCUCCGGUGUUGUGACUCUUCGUGAACUCAUGCCAUGGCGGCCAGCAUGAAAGGGUUUUCUUUGCGUGUCGUACGCAGUGUGCCGCCGUGCUAGGCUCAUUGAAGCUCAGACUCUGGAGGCCUGUUUUCGGCCUUGUCUUAUCCCAUCUCACGCAACCAAUCUGCUUCAUCUCUCAAUCUUCUGCGUCUCUCGUGCCAGCAACUCCUUGGCGGCAGCAAUUUCAGCCUCACUGUAUCCAUCCCACCCCUUCUCUCCAGCUCCCACGCGUCUCACAAUCUCGGCCAACUUCGCAGUGGCAACCUGGUUCAACUUCCUCACACUCUCCACCUUCGGCAACGCAAGCUCCCCAUCAGCCAGUGUAGUCGACUGCACAUUCUUCCCCGUCCCCAAAACGUCCAAUAAUCUCGUCGUAGAAAUCUUCAAACCAAAAUACCCCCUCAAAUAAUCAUCACAAAGCUCAAUACUGCGAC